UCGUCACUGUUUAGUCGUGUGAAUGCAGUUGUUCGUUAAACAACGCUAAAGUACAAAUGUUCGUUUAUUCGUUUCAAUCAAGUUCGUUUUCGAUGUGUUUUUAGUCGUCGUAUUGUCGUUGACUCUCGCACAAGUAAAAUCGCGUGGUCAUUUCUUCCGUUUCUGUGUUUGAUUUUUUCUUCGGUGUGUCCUUCUUCGAUUUGAGUUUGUUUUGAUGUUGUGUAUCGUCCUGUCUGUCGCUACGCCUAAAAUCCGAACACAUUUCUGAACUCCGAAACCGACAAUUAAACCGAACAAGACAGGAAUAAAACGUAUUAGUGCAAAUUUAUCAAUGUUUCAUAAUCGAAAUGAAUGUAUUCAUGUGUAAAGGAUCUGUUUAAUUUGAUAAACGAAAACAAUUUGAAAAUAAAGCGGACAAACAAAAAAAUGGUUCAAACAAAACAAAAACGCAACACCAUUAAAAUGCAGUCGGUUAUUAAAAAUGCAUCGAGCUGUUCGGUAUGACGGCACUCAGUAUGAAUGACAGCAAAUAUUGUCUUUUAUUUGUAUCGCAUACAAAAUUGGUUCACUUCAUAGUUUCGUGUGUGUGAGAGAGAGAGAGAGCAGGGAAAUAAGUACGGAAAACUGAACCAAAACAAAAAAAAACAUUUUGUUGUGAGAUUAGAAAAUGUGCUGGCAUUGGAAAAACUAAAAACUUGUAAUACUCAGAUGAGAAGCCAAUAGAGAAACAACAGAAGAAUAGAGAGAAAAAAAAACAGCAUCAUCAUCACCAACAACAACAAAAAAGAUUACUUAAUCCGCGGCAAUGAUCGUGUAUUUGGCACAUCGAAUCCAUAUUGAAUCUAUCGUAAACAGAAAAGUGGCAAUCAAUUUUCCUUUUUUUUAUAUGUUGACUGGGUGUUAGUGUCUCUCUCUUUCUCUCGCUGUGUGUGUAUGUAUUUGUGUCUGUUGAGUGUUCACUUUGUUUUAUUUUAUUUUAUCGUGCAAAAAACCGGCGUGAUUCCAUUCAGGAGUUUCAUUUUCCUCUUCCGUUUUUUUUUCUACCCUGCAUUGAUUCGUUCGUCCAUCGACAGCAGGUCCGGUCGGUCGUUUAUGUCUAUUUGAAUAUUGAAUUUUCCAUAAUAUUGUACAACGAUUGAGUAAACAAGAUCGAAGCGAUAAAUUAAUCGGAUUUGCCAUUAUCUGCCAAAAGCGGAAGAAGAGAAAAAAGAGAGAGAGAUUCAGUUUCAAUCAAAUGAAUCAAUACAUGCAAUUUAUGAAUAAGUGAACGAAACAGCAAAAAAAAAAGUUCAUUUAAAAAACACACGCGUUUUUGUUGUUGUUGUUGUCUCGCGACACACACACACACCGACACAUCAACAUGAAUACAAUUAAUUUGGUAAACGUGAUAAUUAUAAUUGGCUUUUUGGCGAACACCACAUUCGCACAACAACGGCCGCGAAUAGUGGAACAUCCUUCAGAUGCGCUAGCAACACGAGAUGAACCAUUAACGCUCAACUGUAAAGCCGCGGGAAGACCUACGCCUGAAAUACAAUGGUACCACAAUGGCACACCGUUGGUGCCGUCCGAAAGACGAGUCGUUCUGCCCGAAGGUUCACUCUUUUUUCUCAGAGUGCUGCAAAAUAAGCGGGAACAAGAUUCGGGGGUGUAUUGGUGUGAGGCGAAAAGUACAGCUGGCAUUGCCGUUAGCCGAAAUGCCACAUUACAAAUUGCCGUGAAAAACCCCUAG